AUGGAAUGGAUAAGUAAGCCUGGAAGUAACAGUUAUCCUUUCCUCAAGCAUAUCAUUAAACUUCAGCAAGAAAACUCUAAACAACAACAACAACAACAACAACAGGUUAUCAGGGGAAAUCGCGAGAAAUCAACCUGUGGUACCACGGAAACCCAUCUUCGCAGGCCCAACUCACAACAACACACCGACAAAGUAUGUGUGUCUGUGAAAAUGUGUGUAUGUGUGUGUGUCUGUGUCUGUGUCCGUGUCUGUGUGCGUGUAACUGCUGAAGACGGGACAGUGAAUGUUGAUGUAUGCCGCACACAUACACAUACACAUAAAUCCAUACAUAUACAUACAUGCAUACAUACACACAUAUAA